AUGGAUCGUGACCUUAUGUCCAUUAGCGGAGAUCCAUCUCACACACCUUUGCCUGAUGCAUUGGCAUUCAAGAAUACCAAUGGUCUUAUCAAGAACCAGACCAAUCGUUGUGCCACAAUCUCUGUUAGACAAGAUGAUCCAUGCCAUUUCUUGCGUGUUCUCUAUGAGAGUCUGAUAGCAGGAGGGAUAGCUGGUGUUGUUGUGGAAGCUGCUCUAUACCCAAUCGAUACAAUCAAAACUCGAGUACAGGUAGCUCGGGAUGGAGGAAAGAUAAUAUGGAACGGACUAUACUCUGGUCUUGGCGGAAACCUUGCUGGUGUCAUACCUGCUUCAGCUCUAUUUUUCGGUGUAUAUGAACCAACCAAACAGAAGCUGCUGAAGGUUUUACCUGAAAAGUUUAGUGCGGUUGCACAUUUGGCUGCAGGUGCUUUAGGGGGCGCUGUUUCAUCUAUUGUUCGGGUACCAACAGAAGUUGUUAAACAACGGAUGCAAACUGGACAAUUUGCUUCGGCCCCUGAUGCUGUUCGCCUUAUCAUAGCCAAGGAAGGCUUUGGAGGCUUGUAUGCGGGUUUUGGAUCUUUCUUAUUGCGAGAUUUGCCUUUUGAUGCUCUACAGUUUUGUGUAUAUGAGCAAUUACGGAUUGGAUACAAGUUGGCUGCGAGAAGAGAUCUAAAUGAUCCAGAGAAUGCAAUGCUUGGUGCCUUUGCUGGUGCUGUCACUGGAGUUUUGACUACUCCUCUUGACGUUAUCAAAACCAGAUUAAUGGUUCAGGGCACAGGAACUCAGUAUAAAGGAGUUUCAGAUUGCAUUAAGACGAUAUUAAGAGAAGAAGGGUCAUCAGCUUUGUGGAAGGGAAUGGGGCCAAGGGUAUUGUGGAUUGGUAUUGGAGGUUCUAUUUUCUUUGGUGUUUUGGAAAAGACUAAGCAGAUUCUUUCAGAGAGCAGCCAAAAGAGUCAUAAGGCUUAG